CCUUUGACCCUUGUUUGUGAUUAUGUCCUUGUUUGUCAUUCGCAGAGCUCAUGCAAGCUCCGUUUGCCUGCACAUGACACCGGACUGGCCCGUUGUUCCUUUCGUCCGAUCAACUUGUCUAUACUUCCAUGUAUAGUAUCAGCUAGCACUUACGUACUACGAGGCACUGUGGGCCUCAGCCUGCUGAGCCUAAAAUGUUACAGUCCGGACGCGGCGCCGCAGCGAGUAGACAUGGCUUAGGCAGCAGCUAUAAUGCUCCAGCAUCAGCACGCACAUGGCAUAGAGUGGCCCAAUGCGGCACACCGCUGACCCUGCCUCGCGCCGCUCGGACCGCCGGGCGCCUCGGCCCGUCGGCGACCGCUGGCGGUGUGGCCCGCGGCCUGGCGUGCAGCUCCGCAACCAGCGGCCCGGCGGCGGCAGUGCUCAGCGGCGGCGGCCCCUGCCUUUCCGCCACCGCACCUGCUACCACAGGGGCUGGCGGCGGUCUGCGGCAGCUACUGCCGCUAGCGGCCUAGGCCCGUCAAGCUGCACCAGCGCCCGCCACUGCCGCUCCUGCAGCAGCCGGGGCGCGCAGCUGUCUCCUGCAGCCGGGGCGGCGCGCGCAGCAUCAGCCGCGGCCCGUGCCGGCAUCAUGGCGGCCCUUGCGCCUGCUCUCCUUCCGCUCGUGCCGCGCAUCCGGCAGCCGGCCGACUGCAGCCUUCCGCUGUGGGCGCUGGCGAAGGCUGGGGCUGCCAGUGACGGGCGUGUGGAGUCACAGCUGGCGCCGGCACUGCUGCAGCGGCUGGUGGAUCCAGUGUUGCUGAAGACUGCAACUCCUCAAAACUUGGCGAACGCGCUGUAUGCCCUGGGCAAGCUGCGGGAGCAGCAGCAGCAGCGGGGCUCGGGCUGGGACCCCACCUCGUCGCCGCAUCUGAAUGCGCUAGCGAGCGCUGUGGUCUCGCGUCUGCAUGCGGCGGAGGGGCACGGCUUCAGCGCGCAGGAGCUUUCCAACAGCCUGUGGGCGUGCGCCAAGCUGGGGUACCGAGACUCAGACCUCCUGCUGCCGCUGGCGGAGGCGGCCGCAGCCCUUGCCUGCGGCAUGCGUGCGCAAGACCUGGCCAACAACCUGUGGGCGCUAGAGGUCCUUGGCUGCACCGGACCGGCGUUUCGGGCAGUGCUGGAGACGCUGUGUGGUGCGGCGCUGCGGCGGCUCCGGACACCGAAGGAAGCUGCAGCGUUCAUUCCGCAGCACCUGUCCAACAUCCUGCUGGCGCUUGAGGGGCUGCAGCUGCGAGGCAUGCAGGCAGAGCUGCUGACGGCAGCUGUUGCUGCAGAGUGCGUGCGGCGGCUAGGGACACCGAAGGAAGCUACAGCGUUCAUUCCGCAGGAGCUGUCCAACAUCCUGCUGGCGCUGGAAGGUCUGAAGCUGCGAGGCAAGCAGUCCGAGCUGCUGGCGGCGGCAGUAGCAGCGGAGGGUGUGCAGCGGGGGUUUGCCGGCUUCAACCCGCAAUGCCUCAGCAACUCGGCGUGGGCCCUGGCCAAGAUGGGGUAUGGGGCCAGUGCAACGUCGCAAGCCACGCAGCAGAGCCAUUGGUACGCGGCCGCGGCGGCAGCAGCUCAGCGGCCCGGGGUCAUGGCCGGCGCCAUGCCGCAGAACUGGGCCAACCUGCUGUACGCGCUUGCGUUGGUGCGCCACCAGCCGCCGCCCGCGCUGCUUGACGCAGGCGCCGCGGCGGUGAUGCAGCGAGGCAAUGCACAAGACUGUGCAAACACGCUUUGGGCUCUGGCGGUGCUGCAGCUGCGUCACGCCGGCUUGGAGGCGGCGGUGUGCGGCCGGCUGGGCGAACUGCUGCGGCUGGAGCCGGAGUCGCUUGUUGCACAGGAGCUUUGCAACAGCUUGUGGGCGCUGGCGGUGCUGGCAGGCGGCGGUGGCCCUGCUAGCCCGGCUGCAGCCACGCUGGCCUCGGCGCUUGCUCGUGAGGCCGCGCGGCGUCGUGAGGAGUUUCAGACCGAGGCGCUAAGUCAGCUCUGGCAGGCGCAACAUGCGUUGGGCGGCGAGGUGACAGAGGCUCUUGCCCGCAGCCCCGACCUGCUAGCCGCGAUGGAGGCGGCGGUGGCUGCCGAACGGGCGACAACGUCGAACACCAGCAGUACGCAGAAGCAGGUGGCAGAGGCGCUUCAGCGCCUGCUGCAGAAGGAUCUCCUGCCCAUUGUGUCCGUGCAGACGGAGGCGGCGGUGGAGGGCGUGCUGGGGCGUGUGGACAUUGUGGCGGACUGGAGCGAUGGGCGCAGAGUGGCCAUUGAGGUGGACGGGCCGGACCACUUUCUCACCAAUCGGAAGGACGACCCAUCCGCGGUAGACGGUUCGACGGUCCUACGCAACCGGCAGCUGCGGUGGGCGUUUGGGGAGGGUGGCCUGCUGUGUGUGCCUUACUGGGAGUGGGACAGGCGGAAGACUUAUUCCGCUCAGCAGGCCUACCUGCUGCAGCAGCUGCAGGAUCUGCUAUCGGGCGCUUCGUCAGGAGCAGCAUCAGCAGGGGAAGGCAGCGCCGCCACCCCUCGCCGCAAGCAGCAGCGGACGACUCCGCCGCAGCCGGAUACUGCCGGCCGCAGCAGCAGCACCACCAACACCACCAGCACCAGCGCCAGCACCACCGCUGGCAGCAGCCAGAAGAAGCGCGUCCUCGUUGUUGUCCGCAGGAAGGCGCCAAAGCAGGAAGCGGUCGGCGGCGGCGGUGGGGCCGGAGGGGCCUCGGAUGCAACAGUAGAUGCAGCGACGGUACCGGCGGAGGCUGAGGUGGCGGCCCCUGCCCGGCAGCAACAAGCGGAGGAGUCGCAGCGGCUUCCCAUCAGUGGCGCUGGUGGCGGUGCUGGCGAGGACGGAGGAGACGGAGCUCCUCUGGCGCCGCAGCCACCACCACCGCAGCAGCGGCCGCGCGUGUCAGCGCCCCGGGCGCGCCGCAGCAGCAGCCAAAGCCACAGCAGCAGCAGCAGCAGCCAGGCGGGCUCGCCUCCUCCUCCUUCGGUUGAGGCCCCGCCGCCGGAGCAGGUGCAGGCGGCAGCGCCACCCAGGCGGGCCGCGGGUGGGAAGCGGACUGAGCGAAAAGCAGCGGCGGCUCCGGCAGCAGGUGGCGGCGGCGGCGGCGGCAGUGACCCCGGGGCGGUGGUGGUGCCGGCCGCGGUCUCUGAGAAUCAGGUGGCAGUGGUGGCUGGGGAGGAGGGCUCUACGGUAGCAGCUGUAGCAGGUGGUGGUGGUGGUGGUGGUAGUGGCGGGGGCGGGGGCCUACCCGCGGGCAGCAGGCGGAGGCGGGCGGGAGGGACCGGCAGGCGUGCGGCACAGAAGUCUAGCAGCAGUGUGUGAUUGAAAAGUUAGAAGCCGUGGAUGUGGAUAAUGAAUGCGGCACAAACGUGCACACGACUUGUGGUUUGCGCAGCGGUAUCCCUUGUGUCCUUUUCCAACGUACGUGUGUAUGGAAGCAGUGAAUGCAACAUGCUACGGCGCGGCGCGAUGGGCUUUUGGCUUUGUGUGGCGUGUGUUUGGUGCGGUGCCCAGUACGGUAGGCAUAUGUGGUGACGGUCAGGCAGGUGAGCGGCCGUGGGGCCCAGUAGCGGUGGCCAUGCACGGGGUGCAGCGAGGGGCGGGACGUGAAAUGGUGGAGUUAGGGCACACACACCAGCUAGCUACCGUAGUGACACGUGCACACACGGCGCGUCAAAGGCACCAAACUUGAGGCAUGCCGCUUGUGUUUUGUGGGCAGAGGGUAGAGAGCCACGGGUCAGCGGUGGCAAUGGCCGGGGCCCGGGGCGUGUGUGUUGGUGGCGGCUGACGUGGCGAGUACGCGUGACGCUGGGGGACAGGCGGAGGAGAGGGAGAGACCCCUCCGCGUGUAGCAGGCCGUGGAUGGGCCCGGUUGGCAUGAAAUACGAGACGCAGUAUGUGUAUACCGUAUUUGCUUGGUGGGGUUAACACCCAUCACUAUCCUCCUAGUUGUGGAGGCCGUGAGCCUCACCACCAGGUACGUCAUCGGUAUAUCAAACUCGUGCCACAUCUUCCUUGGCCCUGGCCCUCGGCCCUGGCCCCCCUUCAAGUCCAAUCAUAUUCA